GCCUGCCGUAUGUAACAAAAAUUUUGUUCCUUUUUGCCACCACCCAAAAUCCUCAGUGAGGGAUGCCGACUGCUUUAGCAUCGCAACUCGCCUCACAGGCCUCGCAGAAUGCUCAGAUUCUUCUAGAUCGUAGUCGCACUCGUGGGAAACACGCUUCCGUUGAAUCCUAUCUUUUCGCCAAUGGACGAGAUGCCUCAGAAUACGACCUUGAUUCUAUAUUCGCCCUUGGACGCAGCGGAUUCGAAGCCUUGGCGACAUUGAAUCCGAGACUGAGUAUAUAUGAAGAAAACUUAUUUUCUUAUCAUGCAAGGAAUGUGGAUCGGACGUUACUUGCAGCCGAGGCUGUUCGGGAGCUGGACAUGGCAUUGGAAGGUUGCUUGCAGGAAUUGGGCGCGUAUUUGCUGGAAGGUGCUGCAUCAAAGGUGCUGGAAUGGCUUGUACGCCGAUUUCGUGUCAAUGAAUUCAACGUCCGAGCUCUUGUCGCCUUGUUUCUGCCGUACCACGAAACACAGAACUGGGGAAAGAUGCUUACUAUUCUUCACCUUGACAAAGAACCGAUGUUCAAGUUUCUCGUUCCGCACCAAAAGCAGGCUCAAAAGCCCACAUCACAGGCUGAUCUGGUCCUCCCAAGGAAAGCUCUAGUACGGGCUAUGCUUCGCAACGGAGAUAUCGCGAGACUGGUAGUACGGCUUCUAGGAGAAGCACUAAAAGGACACAAGGAUGGUUUGUUCUCAGGAGGCAAGUUUUUCCGAACGUUGGUCGCGUUUUGGGCUGCAACGAUGCACGAUUUUAUCCUCGCACAUGGGUCUCACGGAGCCAAGGGUAUGUCGGAAGGCACGUCUGCCUUGGUAUUCGCUGCGAUUAUUGAACCGUUAUCUGCAAUCCCGAAGUUCAAACCGAAGGCAAAUUCAAAAAGCGGAAAGGGUGAAAGAUACGAUAAUGUAGAACGGGACACGAUACUCACCUCAUAUAUCCUUCUUGCCACCAUUUCAUCACAAGCUCCCUGCUCACUUACUCCUCCUGCCUUAAAGGUCAUUAUUUCCUCUAUGGUCAACGCUGCAGCACCAGGGACUGGCAUCAGCGCGCAACAGUUAGUGAAGACCCUGGUUGCGUUUUGCGGCACUCAGAAUGUGCUUCUAGACUCUGAUGUAUCGGCUGACAUGCUCGAUAGAAUGUUCGCCGUUCCUGAAUUCCUUCAGGAGAUUGUGACUGCCCUUGGAUCCUGGGAUGGCGCUGAGAAAGUUAUUGCACCGUUUUCAGCAAUCUUAGUUGAAAGAUUGAACUCAACGGACACCGAGCAAGCUUCCGGAGCCCUCCUCACACUCGAAACCAUCCUCGUUUCUGCAUUGCCUCCUCCAACAUCAUUCAUGCGGCAUGUUACUUCCCUGCUCCUUCGCUCCUCUUGUCGGUCCUCCUUUAUUUCCGCCAGCGUACACUCCUUGCUAUCCAUACUACAUCAAAGAUACCCUGAAAUCUUGAAAUACGCACGGGACAAUCUUCAAGGAGCCGAUGAUAUUGAAGAAAUUGACCUAACUAAGAUCGAUGAGCUCGUCUCGUCACUAUCCCUCGGAAGUGUCACCUCAAAAUCGCCCUCGAAACUCCGUGAUGCGUUAUUGGCGUCUUCGAAUGCAGACACUAGUGUUCGCUUGAGUGGGGUUAGAUCCUUGUUGGGUCUCUUCCAAACCGCGGAUGCCGGUGUCGAUCUGAAAUCGAUAUAUGAGGCGCUUUCAGCUCGAGUAAUUGAUUCCGACGUUGGUGUAAUUGAAGCUUUGUACGACCACAGCAAUGGGGGAAGGAGCUUCUUCGAUGUCGUCAUAUCUACGAAGGAUAAUGCUACUCAAUACCUUGAAUUAGUCUCCGGUGUUCUAUUCCCUGCUCCUCCUCAUCCGGGGUCUCCUGCGUCUGAUGCCACCAAACCUCCCAAACGCCCCGUUGUUAGAGCUCAUUUGACGUUCAUUGUCAACAAGCUGGCAUCGGCCAAUCCGGACUGGGACAGCAAUUGGAGUAAUGAUGUCUUCCAUCGCCUUAUAUUUCCUUACCUUCUCUACUCAAAACCAAGAGGAAAGACUGCUGAUGCUGUUUGGGAUAUACUCGGAGAAGCCAAGAACAGUCACGCGUGGAUUGCCGGAUGUGCGGAAGCUAUAUCGUCUGUGGCUGAAGGAGGGGAGGCCGAACGGUUACAAACGCUGAAUGCAAUUUUGACAGGACGGAUCGCUAGCAAUAUACAAUCUUCACAAAACAAGGACAUCGACUGUAUGGAAGUGAUUAGCAAGCUAACCGAUCCGAACUCUCACGUUAGAGUGCUCGCCCUCUUGAUCAUUCGCGAACUUCUCAAAAGUUCUGACGCUACCAUCCAUUUUGCGACGCGGAUUGUUGAUGCCUUCUCUCGCCAAAAGCACUUUCAACAAUUACCGGAGAUGGAAGAAGAUGAGCUCGAAGAUACUUUGACCACGAAACUUGCUGCUCAGGUGGUGAACAAGCCGAACAGUCGCACUACUGAAAGUCUUCUUUAUGUCGCUAUUCUAUCUGAUAUUGCUGCCCUUCAACCGUCUGGGACAGAAAUGGGAGCUGUCAAUUGGGUUCAUCCAGAAUCCAAACCUGAUCCUUAUGCUUCUCUGCUGCAACAAUUAUAUCUCUUCGCAAAUACCACAAUGAGUGGCUCCCCCCAAGCAAGAAUACAUGUAAUUCGCACACUAUUUGCCAACUUGGGUGGAGAGGUAGGCGUCUUCCUUUCCAGCAUCUGGCUACAAUUUUGUUGCAAAUCGGACACAGAAGAUGAGGAUAUAUCGACGCUGGGGAGCUUCGCGCUGUAUCAUCUCGCGGCAUUCCUUCAAGCUCAUACCAUCACACCAUCAGCUGGAAAGGCUGUAGUAGAUUUUCAAAUUCUGGUUCCAAUGGUCGUUAUAGCUCUGUCGUCUUCAGUGCAGGAAGUCCGAAAAGCGGCGGUAGAGUGCUUGAGCACAUUGACGGUGUUGAGUGUCGAUGGAAACAACAAGAGGAAGAAAUUCGAUGUGGUGUAUGCUUUUGACAGAGUCUACGGUAAUAAGAGAGCUGAAGCGGAGUUGCAAUACCUUUCUCCGGAUGACCUCGCUGCUUACGUGUCCACUCUUUCUGGAAUCAAAGACCAUUUUUUGGCUGAUGGGGAUUAUAUCGGAGCUUGGCAUGCAGAGCAGUUUGCCUCUACGGAUGACAAUCAAGAAAAAGAAUCAAUUAAAUACCGCACACACAUUCUAUGCUACCUCCUUUCCCAUGUCAAUGCUCUCGACAUACUUCCGAAGCCUCAAAUUGAUUUGCUACGAGUAAUGACGCCUUGCUUCGUCGCGGCUCAACAACGUUCUUUGAGCACGGCAAAAAGUGUUCCGCGGACCAAAAGAAAAGCGCUGCCGGAAAUAACAGCGGCAUUACUUCUCCUCCCUUUCCUAUACGCCGUCGUGGCUACCGACCAAAAUGGAAUAUCUGAUAAAACAAAGGAAGGAAGGAAAGGCUGGAAAAGUUCACCGGUGACUAAUGCCGCAAAGCUGGCCACCAAAAUAGUUUUUGGGCAUCCAGGCAUAUUUGACCUGGACGACGCUGAGUACAAAGGGAACAAACCUUGGACUCUGUUGUGCGGAAUGUUAGCGAAGUCAUUCGGGGGCGAUGAUACUCUCGCGGCUUUACGCCUUGUACUUUUCGAAUGUACGACGAAGAUAUGGAAUUCCAAAUCCACUGGUUUACGAAAAGAUCAACGGGUAGAACUCGUAUAUGUUGUGAUUGAAGCCGCUGUGGCUGCCGAUAGCAAAGGACAAAUGGACGACGAGAAUGUCUCCGUCAAAUCGUUACUUGGAAGGCUACUCGGUUCUUCAAUAAAUGAACAAGCAUAUAUCAUCAUCACCGUGCUAGAUAAAUACUCCAAGGCUUUGGGAGAGAUUGUUGAAGGAGACGAGUUGACCUCAGGGCCGAAAUUAAAGAAAGCCAGGGUGGAACCCUCUCAAACUGACCUCGCUGUCGAGCUGCCAACUGAAGAACGAACUGGUCCAUUCCAACGUUUAGCAAUCCUCGCCGAAGUGCUAGCGUCACUAUCCGUUACAUCCGUUGCAAACUCAACUACAAAAUCCGACCUCGAAACUCUACCUCACUCUUUUGAUCUCAUCACCCACUUACUGGAAAGUUUAUCUCAGAUUGUACGGUUCCAAGCUUCAGGAGCCUCCAUCAAUAGUGCUUCAUCCGUCGAAUUUAUAUGCCAAAACAUCAUGGCAAGUAUUGACGGUGUCGCCGCCGGUGUGCGGGAUCCCCCGAAUCUUUCGCCAACCCCAAUCCGGCUAGAUGUGCUGGUAGAAAUUAUUCGCGUCUCAGUCAACCCACAAACUCUCCAUCAGGCCCUUCUGCUUAUUGCGGGGCUGGCCAGGCUAGCACCGGAGAGUGUGUUGCGGAAUGUUAUGCCAGUCUUUACAUUCAUGGGUGUGGGUGCUGCUGCUAUGGCUGGGGGAGGUUCAAAAGCAGGGAUCGAAAUAGGAGGCGGAAUGAGUAUGUUGAGUAGAGAUGAUGGGUACGGAUGGGGAAUUGUUCAAAAAACUGUCGACAGCAUUGUUCCCGUGAUGGUCUCUUCGCUGAAAGAGUCCCAUCCUUCUGGCGGUUUAGACUUGUACAUUGGAGCCAGGGACUUUUUGAGGGUGUUCACGGAUGCUGCGAAUCAUAUCCCAAGACAUCGUAGAACAAACUUUUUCUCCCACCUCGUAACCGUUCUGGGGCCGAAGGACUUCCUUGCUCCGGUCUGCCUCUUCUUAAUCGAAAAGUCAGCAAACAAGAUCGUGCGAAGCCAGCAAUACCUUCUCGGGGCUAAGAACAAAGGGAAAGGGAAAGAAAAGGACACCGAUGCGCAGAGUGCGUUGGCGUUACCAACAGCCCUCGUGCAUCACUUCGAACCGUGGCUUCAGGUUUUGGUAUUGGCAGAAAUGCUUCGCGAAAGUGAACGGUUAUUAGGGUGGGCGAUAUCGCCUAGUGAUGCAGAAAAAACUCUCCUGGAUGACUCGUCACUGGAAGAACACUCAGUUUCACCAGCAGUAGUGUUCAGACGCCGUGCUCAAGCCAUCAUCACCUUUGUCGGAUUCGCUGCGAAGACGUUUCCUGCUUCCACUUCUUCGAAAUCUCAAAACAACACCGGUGUCAUGGAUGAUGCUCAACCGCCGCCACAAGACAGCAGCAACCUUAGUGACGUUGUUUCUAUUCUCAUUGCACUCUCUACCAAGAACAUUUCCGGUGGUAGCUCCGAGGCGAAGAUCGAAGAUAUCGCUACAAGUGCACGGUUAUCGCUCAACCGUGUUCUCAGUGUCAUGUCUGCGGUCGACUUUAUCGACACAGUUUUGCUCAUGCUUUCAAACAAUGAUCAUCUGAUCCAAGAAGGCGCACUUUCCCUUUUCAGCACUCGCUUACCGCGUAUUGCAGUUUCUGUCCGUCAAGGUCCUGUCUCUGUUGUCAUCCUAAAAAUCUGUGGCAUCGUGCAUAAAGUAUUAUUAUCCCAUCAGCCCAAGCACUCCACCGCUCCUACUACAACUACGACUAUUACGACUUCGGCUUUCAAUGCUAUCCGAGCUAUCGGAUCGACGUUGUGCCCUGGAGAGGAAAGCGCUGUGACAGCGUUAGUGCCUCUGUUAGUCGGUGCUGUGGACGUCAAAUCAAAUCCAGAGAAUGUUGUAUCCGCCGCUGUCCGAGCUUUGAUAACACUUCCUUCUAAACUGGGUCCUCGCCUCAUACCGUAUUUACGGGAUAUCGUUUCUCGGGCAGUGAAUGUACUUCGAGAAGGUCCAGAAGGACUUACCGAAGACACAGUGCAGCUUCUACACAACUUAUUAACCGCUAUCCCAACCUUCUGGAGUACGACCGAACUCAACCACGUCAUCAAACUCUACCUCGACCAUUGCGGGGGUGGUUCUACUGCCAAAUCCCCCGCAGUACAAAUUGUUUCUAAUUUCAUGAGAUCCAUCGCAAAGAAGGCUCCUAGUAAGGUUCUGUUGCCGACCUUAUGUGAUAUAUGGCGGUCGUUGGAGAUCGCGCCUAACACAGGCGCUUUAGUAGAGUACUUUGACCUUGUGAAACGGUCACUUCGCAGUGCGGCUAGGCCUGCAAUUCAGGAAAACCUACGUCCAUUAUUUAAUAUCUUCCUGAGUGCUUUCGGGGUAGUCAGAGAUUCUGGUACAACACUUGGCACGGCAAGCGCUUCAACGAUAUCUGCGUUCGUCGAGCUCGUGGUGAAGUUGAAUGAACCGACAUUCCGUCCGCUUUUCAGGCGGUUAUACGAUUGGGCCUUUGCAGGAGAGAGUGAUAUCAAUACCAAGAUCAUGUUUUAUCGCGUGUACAUUGGACUUGUUGAUUACUUCAAGAGCUUGAUGAAUCCUUACAUGACAAUACUCUUACCUCCGUCAAUCGAAAUUCUUAAAAGCUGCACCAACGCCGCAGAAAUGGAGGACGACAACAACUUGGGACUCCUCCUCCCACCAGUCUUGGAAACACUUACUAAAAGCAUAGCGUGUGACGAUGGAAGCUUCUGGCGGGACGACAAGAUCGCCCAGCUCUCCCCACUAAUCAUCGCCCAAAUUCCAGUUUGCAUAAAACUAAACAUCUCCGAAGCGAAGACGCUGCUGCAAGAAUGCAUUGUCGCCGGGGCGGAGACUGUUGGUGAUGAUAGUGUGUUGAAGGCUAUGAAUUUGGAUAUUCUCAUGCACACUCGGUCGGAAGAUGUGAAGACGAGGUUGUUCGCUUUGACGUGUACUGAAACGCUUUGGCGUGCAAAUGGAAGCAAGCUCUUAGGUUUCGUAGCCGAAACGGCUACGUUCAUUGCGGAAUGCUGUGAAGACGAGAAUGAUUUGGUUACGAGAGAAGCACUCAAAUUGAAAGAUGCAGUGGAGAGUGUAGCGGGUAGUAUCAGUGGACUGUAGUGUAGUACUUGGAUAUAUAAUGUAUAUGGAUUUAUCCAAUAUUUUAGUCACCGCAGC